AUGCCCGACGACGGCCCGCGCGGCGCGUGGGCGACGCCCGAGGGAUGGACGGCGUGCCCGCGCAUGUCCGAACCGUUCGCGGGGAUGUUUCUCGCGUCCAAGGCGCCGCUGAGGGAGCAAUUCUACGCCGACGUCCCGAGAGAGGAUUGGUACACGCCCGACGACGCGCUGGCGCUGGCGCAGAGCAAAGGACGCGCGGUGGCGAUGGUGAUCGAUCUCACGAACACGUCGAGGUAUUACGACGCGAGCGACUUCGAAAAGUACGGGGUGAGGGUGUAUAAGAUUCGGUGCGCGGGACGGGACGGCGCGCCGGCGCCGCGGGAGGUGAGCGAAUUCGUGUACGCGGUGCAAAGAUGCGCGGCGGAGAUGGCGAGCGAUCCGGGAUGGCAGGAAAAGGCGAGACAAGGGUAUGCGCCGACGAUAUUGGUGCACUGUACGCACGGGUUUAAUCGAACGGGCGCGAUGUUGACGCAUUAUUGUCAGCGCGCGCGAGGCUGGCCCGAGUUGAAUAAGUGGGUGACGGAGUUCGCGAAAGUGCGACCGCCGGGGAUAUACAAGAGCGAGUACUUGGAGAGCUUGUUUGAUUAUUAUCUCGAACGGAGGUUUAGCACGACGAAGGAUCCGAAAGUGCCGGCGUGGAAGAGCGACGAUUUGAGCGACGCGCCGCCAGCGUUGCAGCGCGCGAUGGAGAUUGCGGAGGUCGAGAGUGAUGCGGGAUCGAUGCAUCACGAAGACGUCGUCGGCGAGGAGGUGUACGAGGAAAUGGCGCACGAGAUUCGAAAGCUUUGCGUGUGGGCGGUCAUGUCAGACGAUGGGGCCUCAGGACGCGUUGAUAACUUUCCUGGAUCACAGCCGGUGAGUCUGAGUCGCAACAACAUGGAGCUCUUGAAACGUGAACCAUACAGCGUGACGUGGAAGGCGGACGGGACGCGUUAUUUAUUAAUGCUUAUGCGCGAUGGCACGUACUUGAUCGAUAGAAAAUUCGCUAUUCGCCGCGUGCAAAUGCGAUUUCCUUUACCGCACAAAAAGUUUGGAACCAACGUACACCACUGUACGUUGAUGGAUGGCGAGAUGGUCGUCGACACCGAUCCUCAGACGAAGAAGCAGACGCGCCGGUAUCUAGCGUACGAUUUGAUGGCCAUCAACGGCGAACGCGUGACGCAACGUCCGUUCUUGGAGCGAUUGAACAUUGUGCGUGAGUUCGUCGUCGAACCGAGAAAGGCGUUUCUCGCGCAGGCGGGUCCGAGUGGAGCUUACGCCGCGCAUAAAGAACCGUUUUCUGUUCGCACAAAGGAAUUUUUCCCGCUGAAUUUUGCGCGCUCAUUCAUCGAAAAGUUCAUUCCCGCCCUGUCGCACGAAAGCGAUGGAUUGAUUUUCCAACCCUCAAAUGUGCCGUACGUCCCGCAAACGUACGAAGCACUGCUCAAGUGGAAGUUUCCAGGGUUGAACUCGGUCGACUUUCUCUUGCGCGUAUCGCGAGAUAAAGGUUUGCUCUUUGUGGGUCAAAAAGGCGGCGCGCUCGCCCGCCUCGAGGACGAUUUUGUCACACGCACGGAUCCACUCGAAAGCUUGGAUGGUAAAAUCGUCGAGUGCACGUGGGAUAUGAAUGAAAAAACGUGGGUUUUCUUGCGUACGAGGUCGGAUAAAGAUACGCCGAAUUUCAUCACCACUUACGAAAAGACGUGGAAAUCAAUUCAGGACAACAUCACGUCGAACGAUAUCCUUGAGUUUGUAGAAAAAGAGGUCGUCACCAACGAGGGAGCGACGACUGUGUAG